UUUUUGUUUGCACUUCUUGCGCCCGCAGAAAGUAUUGACAUCGGAAUCGGGAGCACAACAAUUCAAUUAAAAUUCAAAUCCAAUUAGCAAUCAUUGUUCGACUGACGAAGAGCUUGUCACAACAAUCACAGUUGGCAUCAUGGAUGCGGAGCAGUUGAAACGGCUUGAGAACAAGGAAACCGCCUACAUUGCCGACAUCCUAAACGAAUUCAAUACAAAGAAUGCAAAUCUGCUGGUCUUUGACAGCUUCCAUGCGAACAACCAAUGGUACGCUCUCUGGCUGGCCAUAUUCGGCAUACUGGACGAUGCAACACUUGCCGCACUCCACACACAAUGCCUCAACACGGUGCGCAUCCUGACGCGCGAUGAAUUCAGUCUGGAGACGCAUUUCAUCGAACCCGAUGUGAACACACUGCUCAGCCUGGCCCGUCUCGAUGGCAGCGGCGAUGACCAGGACUUGGAUCUGUCACAGCUGGCGGAGCCCCAAGCUGCCAUUAUGACCGAGACCCUCAAGUGUUUGUGCAACUUGGUCUAUCAGAAUGAACAAUGUCGUCGUCAAUGCCUGCGACAACAUGCACUCGAUGCGGUGGUUAAACGCCUGGGGAAUGUCUCCACGAUGCAUAGCUAUCCCAGCACCUUGGAGUACCAUGACAUGAAGCUAUUGUUUCUGCUCACCGCACUGGAUCCGUCGGCACGAACCCGUCUACAAAUCGAUCUCAAUGGCAUGACCUAUAUGACCAAGUGGCUGGAUGAUAAGUUGACCGAUGGGACAACGACAACAACGACGACGACGACGACGUGUUUCACCGAUGAGCAGCUCAACACUAUCAUCGAGCUGCUCAAGGUGAUGUUCACGGUGACGAGCACACCGGACAAGAGUCCCAACGAGAGCGAAAUCCAAAGUCUGCACUUAACCGGUGUGCUGCGUGAGCUCUUGUUGCGCUUCGGCAGUCUGGCCACUGAGCGGGAACGUGCUGUGGUCACGCAUGCAAUCAAUUUGCUGACGAACAUCACGAGCAGCUGCCUCGUCGAGUUGACCGUCAAGUGCAGCAAUGCCGAAACGGAGACGGAACAGGCAACGGCGGAGACAGAGACGCAGACGGAGACGGAUGUGCCACAACCAGCUGAAGGUGCAGAGGCUGCUGCUCCUGCUCCUGUUGCGCAGUCCACGCUCAAGUGUUGUGCUCAAUGCUAUGAGCGACGCAAUGUGCGCGGUCUGGGCGUGUUGUUGGACUUCCUGCGCGCCGGUCUAAAUCAGAAGGAUAAUCAAGCGAGCUCCGCGGAAUUGUUGUCGCCGGUACUCACGGUGCUGGUUAAAUGUGCGCGCAGCGAUCGCGUGAUGCGGCAUUAUUUGAGGCAAGAGAUCUUGCCACCGCUGAAGGAUGUCAGCCAACGGCCGGAGAUUGGCAAUGAGCUGCGCAAUCAUCUAUGCCGAUUCCUCACGCUGCCCGCCAUGAUAUUGCGUGAUCUAUCCGCCGAACUGUUGUUUGUCCUGUGCAAAGAGGAUGUGGGACGCAUGAUCAAGUAUACGGGUUACGGAAAUGCGGCCGGAUUGUUUGCGAAACGCGGCGUCUUGGAUUGUCGACGCAUCGAGACCACGGAAUACUCGUCGGAUAGCGAAGACAGCGACACCGAGGAGUACAAACAGCAACAGCAGAGCUUCAAUCCGGUGCUCGGUUGUGUGGAGCAACCGAAACGGAAUCCCCUCGAAGGAAUGUCCGAGGAGCAAAAGGAGUACGAGGCACUGCAGUUGGUCAAUCUGUUGGAUAAACUGCACCAGGAUGGCAUCGUGCAGCCGGCGCUUAUCGAUAAGGAUGGCAAGGCUCAACCCGUCGGACACAUCCUCCAGCUGCGCGACGGUCUGCCGCAGCAGCAAUUGGAUCAGAAGCGCAAAUCUUAAACAAGUCGGGGGAAAUAUCGGAUAAUAGGAAUCGCAUCGAUCAAAAAAGAAAAACGUAACGUUCAAAAUGCAAAACAAUCGUUUGGGGUCUUCCUUGCAACAACAACAACAACAAAAACAAACAGAAAAACUCCCUUUUUUAUACAGAACCGCAAACGGGAAAUCGUCUUGUUUUUAUUUUUUUUUUCCUUUGAUCUAAUAGAACAAUUGAUCUAAGUUGUGUGUGUAUUAAGUACUUAGUGCAUAUAAUUCCAUUAUACAUUUAUCUAGUUAGAGAAUGCGAAAACACAAGUCGUUAGCUUUCAAACUUAAAUUUAUUGUCGUACUCGGAGAAAUACAUUUGUUGUCAUUGUCAUUGUCAACCUUAACGCUUAAGCUCAACCAAAAAAAAAAAAACCAAAAGAAAUUUCAGAAAUUCAAUAUG